UAUUUUAAUGGGAUCUUGCUAUAAAACAAAGAAGUUCCUGCUUUCACUGGCUGAAAAUAAAUUAGGACCUUGCAUGCUGCUGGCUUUGAGGGGUAACCAGACGAUGGUAGAGAUUUUGUGUUUGAUGCUGGAAUACAACAUCAUCGAUAAUAAUGACACCCAGCUCCAGAUCAUCUCUACCCUGGAAAGCACAGACGUGGGAAAGAGAAUGUACGAACAGCUGUGUGACAGGCAGAGGGAGUUAAAAGAGCUGCAAAGAAAAGGUGGUCCCACAAGGUUAACACUGCCAUCCAAGUCUACAGACGCAGACCUGGCCCGCUUGCUAAGCUCAGGAUCUUUUGGAAAUUUGGAAAACCUCAGCCUGGCCUUUACCAAUGUGACAAGUGCUUGUGCUGAGCACCUCAUUAAACUGCCUUCGCUCAAGCAGCUGAACCUGUGGUCAACUCAGUUCGGUGAUGCAGGGUUGCGGCUUCUGUCCGAACACCUCACGAUGCUGCAAGUGCUCAACCUGUGCGAGACUCCCGUCACGGAUGCCGGGCUGCUGGCACUUAGCUCCAUGAAGAGCCUGUGUAGUUUAAAUAUGAACAGCACCAAACUUUCAGCAGACACCUAUGAAGAUCUUAAGGCUAAACUACCCAAUCUGAAAGAAGUGGAUGUCCGCUACACCGAAGCAUGGUGAACUCCCUGCCUCCGACUCCUCUCUUUUGCUUCUUAGGGGAAGGAAAAGAUUUUUAAAACAAACAGAGAAAAACAAACCGGAAAAAAACCCUUUUGGCUAAUACCUGUAGAGCAGUGAGUCCUGGGACUUGGUGGUAGGAGAUGUGGUCGUGGGGUAGAGGAGUGGCGUUGUGUGUGCCGGGGGGGUGGGAGGGGGGACACGGGGCAAACCUGGACCCAGAUGGAUUCUUUCAGCUUUGUGGUUUCAGAAUCAACGUAACUUAAAUGAGAAAGGAAAAGAA